UCUAUAAAUAUCUUCUGCAUUUAUAGAUGGUAAAGGAUAAAUAAAUGGAGAUUAAUAUUUCCUUUCAAUAGCCUUAUUUAUCAGAGCUGAUUUCAUAUGUCACAUUGCCUAUUACCAUCUUAAAUGCAAAAACACAUGUCUGAUAACCCAGAAUGUUUUUACCAGGGGCGGACUGACCAUUUGGAAACUUGGGCACGGCCCGGGGUCAGGGGCCCCAUGAGAUGCCCCUGGUACCUUUUUCAUAGGCUUUUUUGAGUUUGGGCAAGGACACAGGGGCCCCAUGAUCCCCUAUUACGCGGGGG